UUAUAAAAGGAAGAGAGCUUCAAGCAGCUUCUACACCAGGCAAGCAGCAGCUAUUGGAUUGAGCAGGGUCUGUCGAGACGGGAGCAGGAGGAAACAGCGGCCACCAAGGCACAUACAGACUGAGAGAGAGAGAGAGAGAGAGAGAGAGACCAGCAACUUGCUGAAGAUCAGCUCGUGUCAGAUCAGAGGGAAAAAGAAACACUUCCGAGACCCCAACUAUCCCCCCUCCCCAAAAUGUUCCACUCUGCAGCAUUCGCUGUCCUUCUCGCUAUCCGUCUUGCUGAGGCAAUGUUAACCUGCCCGUCGAAAUGCCAGUGCCCCCAGGAGAUGACAAGCUGCCCCCCGGGGGUCAGUCUAGUGCUGGACGGCUGUGGAUGUUGUCGGGUCUGUGCCAAGCAGCUCAAUGAAGAUUGCAGCAAAUCGCAGCCUUGUGAUCACACCAAGGGGUUACAGUGCAACUUCGGAGCGAGUCCCAGCGCCCUUCAGGGGAUCUGCAGAGCGAGAUCUGAAGGAAGACCUUGCGAGUACAACAGUAAAAUUUACCAAAAUGGGGAGAUCUUCCAACCUAAUUGCAAGCAUCAGUGCACUUGUAUCGAUGGAGCGGUGGGCUGUAUCCCUCUGUGCCCCCAGGAGCUCUCAUUGCCCAACAUGGGCUGCCCUAACCCACGGCUGGUUAAGGUCCCAGGCCAGUGCUGCGAGGAAUGGGUUUGCGAAGGGAACAAGGCAGUGUUGGAGGCUGAGGGCACGGAGGGCUUCUUCAAUCAAGAGACUGUUCUGAAGCCAUGGCAGGAGGGACUGCUCCACAACAAUGAACUGCUCUCCCUCCUCAGAGGAGGCCUCAAAAGUCUACCAGCUUGGAGACCCAAGUGUUUUGUCCAGACCACAGAAUGGUCCCAGUGUUCCAGGACUUGUGGGUCAGGCAUCUCCACAAGAGUCACCAAUGACAACCCUGACUGCAAACUUCGGAAAGAGACCAGAAUCUGUGACAUCCGCCCUUGUGACCAGCUGACGUUUCCAAACCUUAAAAAAGGAAAGAAGUGCUACAAAGCCAAGAAGCCCAGCACAGCCGUACACUUCACCUAUGCAGGUUGUGCCAGUGUGAAGAGAUACCGCACCAAGCACUGUGGCUCGUGUGUCGAUGGGCGUUGCUGCACUCCUCAACAGACCCGGACUGUCCGCGUUCGCUUCCGCUGUGAUGAUGGGGAGACCUUCACCAGGAACAUGAUGAUGAUUCAGUCCUGUAGAUGCCACUACAACUGCCCCCAUCAUAACGAAGCCUCCAAUCCUUAUGUCAUGUUGCACAAUGACAUUCACAAGUUCCUAGAUUGACAAACUGUGUAGGUGCAGGCAGGAGGGGUGUUUUGACGAGACCGGCAUGAGCAGGCAGAGGAAGAGUCAACUGGCAUCAUGAGUUAGGAAAAAGGGACGCGAUUCAAAUGGGAUCGCAGUACAGCUCUUAAAGGGGCAGGAUUUAUUUAUUUAUCCUUUUUUUUUAGCUUUGAAAGAGAUUCUUGUCAUGGUUAUACAUAUAACCAGCAAAAUUCAUAUCCUCAAAGUUUUGCACUGGCCCCAGCUAUAUUUUCCCUAACUAAACGCCAUAUCAGUUCCAGUGUAAGGUUAGGGAUUGGUGAAUGCUUUUGAGAAGACUGGGGUUUUUGAAGGGGCUGUUGUGUAACUUUUUUACACAUCGUACAUGAAACAACAUGAUAAGGGAUGGGGGGGGGGGGGGUGGGCGGAAGGUGGCCAGAGAUGAUUAUACUGUAGCUAUACCUAUGUGCACUGUGCAGCGUUGCCCUUGUGGCUGCUAAGACUGAGGGAACGGUCAACCCUCAAAGUUAAAUGAAAGCUUCAAUUUAUUGGAGCAAGGAGAUAGCUUCAUUUUGGAGCAUGUUUUCCCAACUUUUGUUCUAUUUGUAACAAAGUGAUGUAUAUUUGUAUUAUUAUAUAAUGUCUUACCGUGUAUCAUUAGCAGUGUAUUGUCUUUUAUCAAGUGCUUGUGUGAAAACAUGGUUGUAAUUGAAAAUGUAAUAAUAGUCAAGAGUUCCCGAGCAAGGAAAUUGUGUUGGUUUGCUUACACAACCCAUAUGUGGGUCACAUUGUUUCCUGAAGUGAGCCACAUGGCUCACGUUAUGUGGCAGCUAGUAACCAACUCUCUUAAAAGCUUGCGCUGUCUACUAUGCAUAGCACAGCAAACAGCAUCAGUUAUUACAAAUCCUGCAGUAUAUUCUUUUCAAUGUUGCAUUAUUUAUCAAAAUGUAGCAAAUUCUAUUGGGAUACAGAAAAAAAUGUCAUACUGGAAUGAAAUGUACAUAGAUUUAAUUUUUUUAAAAAAUAAACAAUUUAUUUAUGGAA